GCACAAAGGGAAGCCUUCACGCCUCCACCACAUGCAGUGGUGCACUGGGAUGAACGUCGUGGGAGAAGAAGAACACCGACAGGCCAUCUUCAUCUCAGGGCGCGGCCAUGAGGAAGGGAAGCUGCUUGCUGUCUUGCCAGUGAAGGACGGCACUGGCCUGACCCAGGCACGCGCAACAGCUCGUGCUAUCGAGGACUGGAGCUGCGCUUCAAACGUCAAGGCACUGUGCUUUGAUACAACGUCGUCCAACACAGGGCGAGUCCAAGGUUGUCCAUCUGGAGGCGCUGCUGGAAAAACAGCUGUUGAGGCUUGGGUGCAGACACCACGUCAUGGAACUGGUGGUGAGAGCCUCUGCCAGCAACAUCUUCGGCAAAACAUCGGCCCCUACGGACCCUCUCUUCCAGACUCUUAA